AUGCCCUUCAUCGCCAUCAUCGUCUUCAUCCUAAUCACCGGCUUCUUUCUGCUGUUUCACCAACCCCUGGUCCAGUACUUCGUCAUUCCCUGGACCGCAGAACAAUAUGGCGGCAGCUGGAUGAACGACUCGGCACACAAUUGGGUCCAACCGGCAUUAUACGAAGGCCGUCCCGACAAGACUGGCGAAGCAAGUCAGUACGUGCAAGCCAUCCUGGAUCCCAAGAACGGCGGCUUCCCCACCGUCAACUGUCCUUCGCCAAAUGUCACUCGCUAUGGGGUCCUGCGCCCAACUGAGAACAUGGAUAAGCGCCACUACUUCUUCGCGCUUGACUUGCGACAAGUCAGAGAUCUACUGCCCCAGCUCAUUGGCGCCGUCCUGGAAGCCAUGAACGUUAUCGGGCCCGAGAAUUGUGCCCUUUCCGUUGUCGAGGGCAUCUCGACCGACGGCACCUACGAGACCCUCUACCGCCUCAAAGCCCAUAUGGACAAGAUGGGGAUUGCGUACUACCUGCAGACUAGCAACAUCGACUCCCACAGCGGUGACCGCAUCGGCAAGCUCGCCAAGCUCCGAAACAUCGCUCUGGAGCCCAUGAUGGCAGAGGCCAGCGCCUACGACCCCAAAGCGACCAUUGUUUUCCUCAACGACGUUGCCGCCUGCACCGAGGACAUACUCGAGCUGGCGUACCAGAAGCAGGUCCAAGGAGCCGACAUGACAUGCGCGAUGGACUAUCACUUCCUCCGGUUCGCCCCGCACAAUGGGGAGCCCUCGUUCUACGACUCUUGGAUCUCCCGAACCAUCAACGGCGAUACAUUCCUACCCAUCCCCGACCGGACCCCCAAGGGAGAGCAGUGGAGCGACGUCGCCAACAUGUUCUGGAAUCACCCGUACUCCCAAGACCGCUACCUCAGCCGGAAGCCGCUGCAAGUGUUUGCCUGUUGGAACGGGGGCGUCGCGAUGACGGGCGAGCCCUUCCUGAGCAAGAAGCUAGACUUCCGGAGGUCGUACCCUGGCGAGUGCCACACGGGCGAACCGACGCUUCUGUGCAAAGACCUAUGGAAUCUGGGUUACGGCAAGAUCGCUGUCGUGCCCAGCGUCAGCCUGGCGUACAACGUCAAGGACGGUAGACAAAUCAAGGAAGAGAGGGGCUUCGCCUCGUCGUGGACGGCGAUUGAGAACUCGGGGACGCCGCCCAGCAUCAAUUGGCAGAUCGAGCCGCCAGAGAUGGUCAAGUGCAUGCCGACUUUUAGGAACCAGUUCUGGCGGCCUUGGAACGAGGGGCUCAGGCGGGAGGAGAAAUAG